AUGAUCGGAGAUGAUAAGGUAAUUACAGAAGCGACAUUUGUUGCCGCGGCCGGCAAUGGGUUGAAUGGUGCAUGGAUAAUGCAGCUACUACUUAGCCGCAGGAGUGAUUUCGAGAUUACGGAAUUAGUGAGCAAGGCAGCAGUGUUCAGCGACAUGCCAUCUGGUACCUACGUAAUGGAAGCGCUUCUGGAUCUGAAAGGAGACACAGUCCCUAUCACCGAGGAGGUGCUGCUGGCGGCCACUCGGAACCUCACUUAUCGGUACAGCAUCUUCAGAUUAUUGGUCAGAGAAAGAUUUGCCUCUGUGCGCGCAUGUCUCACCCAGAGAAUUUUGCUCACUAUCGCGGCGAGUGGGGAUCUGAUGAUUCUGUCACUCUUGGAAAGGAGGUUUGAAAUCACAAUCACAACUGAACUGCGCUCGAUCUGUCGGCUGUAUAUUGGCGCCCGUGAUGGCAACAGGCGGCUGGUACAGUCCCUUCUUCGUCAAGGGGUGCCGCCAAACACACGAAGCGCCAGAGGAGAGACUCCUCUUUGGAUGGCAGCAGCCGGUCAGCACGAUUUGAUCGUCAAAGACCUCUUGGCAACAAAAGCGGUAGACGUUGACCCUGUUUCAAUGACUGGAGACUCGCCACUUAUCAGAGCGAUCGUACGUUACAAUGUUCCAAUUGUACGCCUUUUACUGGCUGCAGGUGCGAAUCCGAACCUGGCCGACAAGAACGGAAAGACAGCCUAUGCUUUAGCAAAGGAGCGGUCCUACUUGCGUAUGAUGGCUAUCAUGAGAGAAUAUGGGGCUAAGUGA